AUGGUGUUUAAUAAAGAAAUGUGUAGAAAAGCAUUGAUUAAGAUGAUUAUUAUUGAUGCAUUGAAUUGGAAACUGCAUAAGAGGAUAUUGAUUUUUUCUGUUGUUCCAAAUCACAAAGGGGAGACAAUUGAGAAGUUUAUUGAAAACAGUUUGCUUGAUUGGGGAAUAAAGCGUGUGGGUUCCAUUACUAUAGACAAUGCAAACACAAAUGAUGCGGCGAUCAUUUAUGUGAAAAAUAAGUUGAAAAAUUGGAAACCUGAUGAUGCUAUGAUUUUAGGUAGCUCUUAUCUGCAUGUACGUUGUUCAGCACACACAGUCAAUUUGAUUGUUAAAGAAGGGUCGAAAGAGUUUAAUCCAUCUAUAGAAAGUAUUCGCAAUGCGGUCAAAUAUUUUCAAUUGUCUCCUUCCCGGUUGAUGAAAUUAAGUGUUGUAUUGAAAGGGAAAAGAUUGCAUGCAAAAAAACUUGCUGUUUUAGAUGUUCCUACUAGAUGGAAUUCAACAUUCUUAAUGUUGGAUAGUGUAUUGAAUUUUGAAAAAGCUUUUGAUAGAAUUGAGGAAGGGGAUGGAUUUUAUUGUAAGUAUUUUGAUGAGAAUGAAGGUAGGAAAGAAAAAGAGGGCCCACCUAUAAGUUAUGAUUGGGAGAAAGCUAGAAAUUUGCCAAGUUUCUAA